AUGCCGAAAAGUAAGAAAAAGCAGGAAAACCAGGCCUUCGCAAAGAAGAAGAUCAAGGUUGGAAAAGUAUUGAAGAAAACGGCGGCCACCGAUGCUACCUUCACGACGAGAAAGAUUUCUAUGAUCAGCCAGUUGGCGGGGCAAGCGCAGGGGUCUUCGGUGGCUCUUUCGCAUCGUGGUCUCACCAUCAAGGAGCUUUGUCGACGCCUCGGAGAUGGUGAUCGGAAUUCCCGAAAAGAGGCGGCGACUGGGUUGAAGCAAUUGUUGACGGCGCAUCCGGACCUGAUCAAAACGGAGCUCGCCACCUAUCUGCCGGCCCUCGCCCGAACUAUCGACAAAACCAAGACGUACCAAGGACGAUGCGAACUGAAGCUACUUAUCACAAAGAUUUGCACAUUGCCUCAAGACAUUAUGAACCCACAUUUUGCCCUUCUCAUCGCCCAUACAUUGAGAGCGCUAGCAAAUAUGGCGAAUGAUGUACGGAUGCUCGGUGCUUCCAUUUUGAAAAUCUGCAUUUUGUCUUAUCCGGAACUUUGCCGUGGAUGUGAGGAAAUUUACCCGUCCGUGGUGCGAUUCUUGGCGAGCCACAGCCCACCGUGGAAUUUUCCCGGUUUCCUCGAGUUCAUCGCUCAUUUCAUCCAGCUUUACACGGCGAAGGAAGAAAAGAAAGUGGAGCUAAUCACGGCAACCCUGGAUUUCCGGCAGAAGCAGAUCUCACGUUUUAUCGAUUUGACGCCAUCUGGUGAUCCGUUUACAUUGAGCGUCGUCGGUGAUCUACACGAACGACAGAUUUCUCCUCUCGACAAAAAGGAAAUGUUGCUGGCGUUGUUGGAGGGGAUUUCCGUCGUGAUGCAGACCGCUGUUGCGGAUAUCAAUUUCAAGCAGACAGUUUCUCAGCGAUCCACCGAGGGCAAUUUGAAAGGCUCAUUAUCGACAAUCUGCCAACAUUUGGCCGAGGCCAUCGGCAAACAUGCAAAAGCCGGCCGAUCAAUAGAAGAGUUCGAAAAGCACAUGGAGUUGUGGCAACGCAUAGCAACGUUGAUUGCAAAAAAGGACGCCCGACGGCCGGCUAAA